UAUAUAAAUACUGGCGAUUUGGCCCAUGCACAUAUUCAUAACACACACCUUCAUAUUCUCUUGUAGAAGAAAUUAGAUUCUUGAUUUGACUGGAAAGUUUCAAGAAAUGGGCAUCGGUAGGAACCUUUGUUCUCUUAAAUUUGAUGUUAAAAUCGUGGAAGCCAGAAACGUAGAGCUCAAGUCAUCACCAAGCUCUCUCUUCGUUAGAUUCCAUCUCCACGCAGGGAGUAACCGUAAGGUUGAACUAAACACCGCAGAGAUCUGUUCCAGAUCAGACGAAGAGGUCGUGGUCUGGAACCAAUCAUUCGGUCUGGAGUGCCAAGGGAACGAAACCGCCGUCGAGGAACUGAAGCAAGAAAGCGUAGUUUUCGAGCUAAGGAGAAGGAAAACGACAUCGUUUAUGAGGAAAUGGUCUAAGUCGGAUUUGGUGGGUAGAGGAGAGGUUUCUUGGAAAUCGGUUAUGGAGUCUGAUGAGAUGGAAAUAGAGAGAUUUGUUGUGAUGGGUGAGACGAAAGAUUGUAGUAAGCCUCUUAUGUUGAAGAUAGCUUUAAAACUCCAAGCUUCAAAGUUGGUGAACACCAAGAGAGUGGAAGAUCUUUGUGGGUGUAAAGAUUGUAGGAACUGUAAUUGCUUAGAUUAUGAAGCCUUUGUUGUGGCAUGUGCGUUAGAUGGAAUCUAGUUUGUAAUAAACAAGAUCUAAUUCAAAGUAAUUUGAAUGAGUUGUUAUAACCAACCAUAAAUAAUUAAUGUUUUUUUAUAUGA